AUGACAUACCUAAAACUCAAAAUCCCCUCUCUCGACAACAUUCACGACAAACUCGAAGUCGACGUCGAAGGAAUAGAAGAUGGUAAAGUCCUCCUCGUCAAAUCUGAGAAUGGCACUGUCCACGCUCUGAGUCCACGGUGCACGCAUUAUGGGGCUCCGCUGAAGGGUGGGGUUCUUGAGGGUGAGAGACUUACUUCCUGCUUCAACAUCACAACCGGUGACGUCGAAGACGCACCAGCCCUAAACGCCCUGAAAAAAUACGAGAUCAUCGAAAAAGCCGAUGGUAUCUACAUCCAAGCCGAAGAAGCAGAUAUCAAAUCCGGACAUCGAAAUCCCGUCUCGAAAUGCACCGUCUCUACGGAUGAGAGGGUUCUUGUUAUUGGAGGAGGAAGCGGCACAAUAGGCCUUAUCCAAGCCCUCCGCGAAAACAAAUACCGCGGCAAAAUAACAAUUCUAACAAAAGAACCAACAGCCCAAAUGAUCGACCGACCAAAACUCUCAAAAGCCCUCAUCGCAGAUCCAUCAAAGAUCCUCCUCCGGCCAAAAGAAUGGUACCAAGAUGCCGGCAUCGAGAUCCUGUCUCAGGAAGUUACGUCCGUCAACUUUGGCGAGAAAAUCGUCUCCACGGCAUCUGGGGAGAAACAUGCCUAUACUAAACUCGUUCUUGCGACGGGUGGUGUUCCGCGAAGAUUGCCACUACCGGGUUUCAAGGACGAAGCGAAGACUCGGAACGUAUAUACGCUUCGCAAUGUUGAUGAUGUUCAAUCUAUCCUAGAUGGAAUCGCCAGCAUCAACACCAGCACCAACAGCAGCAACGACGGAAAAAAGCAAAUUGUCGUUAUAGGAUCAUCCUUCAUCGGCAUGGAGGUAGGAAACGCCAUCGCGUCACAAGAUCCCCAAAACCACGCCGUAACGAUAAUCGGCAUGGAAUCAGCACCAAUGGAACGCGUCAUGGGCGCGGAAGUAGGACGCAUUUUUCAGAAAAAUCUGGAGAAAUCGGGCAUCCGGUUUAUACUUGGUGCUUCUGUUGAAAAGGCCAGCUCUGACUCCACCUCCAACAAUGUUUCUGCAGUCCAUCUCAAAGACGGAUCCGUGAUUCCCGCAGAUAUCGUCAUUCUAGGCGUUGGCGUGCGUCCUGCGACGGAUUACUUGAAGGGUAAUGAGGCAAUUCAGCUUGAAGGUGAUGGGUCUGUUCGGACGGAUGAGAAUUUUGCUGUUCAAGGCCUGGAUUCGGGUUCGACUGGUCCUCACACCGACGUCUUUGCUAUCGGUGAUAUAGCUACAUUCCCUUACACCGGCCCUGGUGGAAACGGAUCACACACGCGCAUUGAACACUGGAACGUAGCGCAGAAUGCGGGGCGGAGUGCUGCUCGUGCGAUUUUGCACUCUGGCGCUGCUGGCAAACUCAAGCCAAAGAAGUUUAUACCGAUUUUCUGGUCUGCGCUCGGAGCGCAGAUGCGGUAUGCUGGUAAUACGGUGAAUGGGUAUGAUGAUAUCUUUAUCUCUGGAGAACCGGAGAAUGGAAAGUUCGUGGCGUAUUAUUUUAAGGGGGAGACUGUUGUUGCGGUUGCUACUAUGGGAGUUGAUCCGGUUAUGUCUAAGGUUGCGGCGCUUAUGAGGGUUGGUAGGAUGAUUGGGAAGAAGGAUGUUAUUGCUGGGGUGGAUGUUUUGGGAGUUUGA